AUGGGCGGCGGCUGGGAGGGCAGCGGCUUUGCUCCGGGGGGCGUGCCGGGAGACGCUGUUGCGGUGGCGGACGCGUCGACCUCGCCGCUGCGUCCUGGAGGGCAUGCGGAGGGCGAUGGCGCGCUCUCGGGGCUUGCUCCGGCCGGUACAGUGGGGCACGCGGGGGAGAUCUGGGCCGCCGCGGCCAAGAGGCCAGACGCCAGGCGGCCGGCGGCGCAGUCGCGGCUCAACUUUGGCGCAGCGCCGGCGCAGCAGCUGCAGCGGCCGGCCAUGAAUGAGCCAUUCCAAAUCGACUCAUCAGGCGCCUCGCCGGCGCGGUUGCUUGCGCGGAGAGGCGCGGAGGCCGGCUUCGCCCACGGCACAGUCGCGCACGGCACUGUUGCUCACGGCACAGUCGCGCACGGCACUGUUGCUCACGGCACUGUUGCCCACGGCACUGUUGCUCACGGCACGCAGGCAGAGUACGAGCGCGUCCGCCGGGCCGCUGCGUGGUGGGAGUGGGCCGUGCCCGUGGCGAGCCGCGAGCUGGACGUCUGCGGCGACCACACCACCGUCAAGGGCCUCUGCCUCGCCCUGUACGCGCGCGCCUUCGUCGGCACGCUGCAGCCGCUGCUGCGAACGGGCGCCGUCCUCUCCGCCGCGCUGGGCGGGCUGCUGGCGUGGUCCGAGCUGUGCCUGCUGCUGCAGUGGCUCGUCCGCAUCGGCGCCUUCCCGUGGCUCGCCGCCGUCGACGGCCCUGCCAACGAGCCCGACCCGCUCGGGCCUGUGCUGCUGCUGCACGCGCUGCUAGUCGCCGCGCAGGGCAGCGCCUCGCCGCUGCACGCGGUGCUGCUGCUGCUCUCGCCUCUGCUCUGGAUGCGCUUCUGCGUCGGCUGGGCGCUCCGCCGGAUGGCAGGCGGCUCGCUCUCUCUCCGGCGCGAGCCGCGGGGCAACGACUCUGGCGCCCUCCUCCUCGACGCGAGCACCAACUGCCGCCUCACGCUCGCCCUCUGCUUCAACUACGUCUGCCUGCUGCAGGCCACGCGGGACGUGGACCGCCACGGCGAGUGGUCGAGCUACAGCCGCUCGCCGUCCGCCUUCUUCUGCCUGUACGCCCACAAGGCGCAGCUGCCGCUCCUCGGCCGGCGGACGGACGACUUUUACCCGCCGCUCUGCCCCGUCCUCCUCCUGAUCACGGGCCUCUUCCUGGGCUGCAACGUGUACGAGCGCGUCCUCGCCUUCCUCGGCUUCCAGCCCUCCGGACCCGCGGAGCACCCGUCGGCGGCGACAGAGAGGGUGUGAGAGCUCCUGCCCCGGUGUCCGGUGACCGGAGCCGGGAGCUUUGGGUUCGCCCCGCCCCUCGCCGCUCGCGAGAAUCCCCGCGAGGCAAGGGUUACCUCCGACCUCUCUGAGUCCUCUGUGGAAUCUCCCUCAUACUCGGCUCUCUAAUGGUACUAUAGCUCUAGGACUUCUACGUGUACUCUACGUCAGGCAGUCGCGACUCACGAUGCAGAGAAUCGACUUCUGUCCAUGUUAUUCCUUGAAUUUGUUUGUUGAAUUUCAGUCGCGGUCCCAAUA